UCAGUUAUAUGCUUCCGGAAGGUCAUCCAAUCUCUCUCACGUAAUACUACGGUGGGAUCUGAGUUGAUGUUUUUCCUUCUAGACACAUCUACCAUCCAACUAUGAAGGUACCAAUGAAGAAAAUGGCCCUCAUUGACGAAGAAACUCAGGAUGAAAUUUCUCAAAGUGAUUCAUCAUCAAAAGGUGUUAAGGGACAGUUGAAGGACACAUCGUACCAAGCAGGCUUUGCAGAUGCUGAAUCUCAAAAGGGCCAAGAAAAAAUGACAGCGGAGUUGGAGCAAGCUGACGUAGUUGCGUCACAGCACCUAGAGAGGUUGAAUUACCCAACUCAAUCCUCAGAUCUCUUCCAAGGACCGGUCGGUCAGAUUCAAGAAGCCGAUACAGUAACUUUGCUUCAAACAACUGCAAUAACAACGACUGCAAAACGUCAGACCUCCUUAGAUGGAACUCCUGGUUUAGAUGCUGUUAGUCAACUGACAGUGAGAGGUCAGAAAGGGUGUCUCAGCUUUCACCCUAAUAUAUCUGAUGACCAGCAAGAUAUUCAGUCUAAAGAGAAUAUCACAUUGUCUGAUCAACCAAAUUCAGUCGAUUGGUCUCUUGGUGUGAUUCAAAACGAUUUGUCUCUUACGGAAUCGUUUGAACCAUUCGAAGAGGAAAGUCCUAUAUUUGAGUCUGCAAGCAAGAAGGCAGAACUACCAGUUGAUGACGACAAGAAACUCGAGUUGACACUGGCUGAUAUUCACGAGCAGCAAGUGAUGUCUGGAACAUGGGUUGACCCUGAUUUCCCACAGUAUUGCACACUGUCAGCAAGAGAGGCUUCAUUUCCAGCUAUAGCCAUGCUUGAUGGGGUCAGAGGCAACAAAACUGACUUUGCCAUGAAUGGGUUCUUUUACAGAAACACAAAAGGUAUGUUUCAGGAUUUGCAUCUGUUACCUGUUUCCACUGCGGGUGUUCUCCUAGGCAGUGGCAGUUGGGGAUGUUACCCAGGACAGAACACAUCAUCCUAUCACCACGAUGCCGUGCCGUCCUCCUCUGAAUAGACCAUGACACUGACACGCAAACACAUUUUCAAACAGUUUUGCCAAAUGUAAAUAGUGGUCCCGAGCUGUUUGAUAGUGUGACAGUUACAGUAGCUGAAACAUUUCCUUGUGCUUUCAUGAAGCAUAUAAUUUACACAUCUGCACACACAACAUAUCAUAGUUCAAUGUCAUGUGGUGGUAGUGUGUAAAUACCUCCAUUAGCGUGAUAAAAUAAACCAAACAUUCCCCAUGGGAAAUCUACAGUGUAUGUCCCACGCUGAUCGUACCAACCUACAAGCUGAAACACGAUACUGGUGUAGAGUUUUACCCAGCUAUUCGUUGACAAUCGUAGACAGAGCAAAUAUGACUUGUCAAGCUGUGGAAUUAUCCUUAAAAUAAUAACAUAAUAACUUUCAUUUUGUCAGUUUAUUAAUACAACCAGUCUAAUGUUUAGCUCAGAAGCAACAAACGCCCAACGCCCACGGGGGCUAAUUAAUCAUGCCAAAGUGAACACACGUUAAUUGACUCAUUGUCAUUCAUUUGAAAUCUUCAAUAACUGUAAAGGGAGACUACUCUGGUGUUCUGUUCAGCCUCUAUUGUUACGAAGGUUGUCAGCGUGGGGCAUGGUUAUGUAUACUCAAAUUGAGCAGCCUAUGUUUUAAGUAGACGUCAUAAUCUGGUAUGUUUUACAUUAUUUUUAAAUAUUUGAUUAUAAACGCAAACCCAAAGCAGCUUAUUUUUCCAAUAUGAUGCACUCCUUCCUAUAGACUGUUUCAGGAUCUGUCUGGGAUUUUUAGGUUAACACGUUUACCUGUGGAACAUAAGGAAUGUCUUUUACUGUUCAGUGAAAUAGGUUUGAUAUAAAUGCAAUGACAAGGAUUUCUUUCGCAUCCAAAAAUAACUAAGUAUCUCUCAAGAAUGGCCUCUGCUAAAGUCCUUGAUCGAGUCCUGAACAUAGAUAGGUAAAUGGUUACUUGAUAUAUAUUGAAAAUCAUUUGUUACAACCUUUCGAUGAAGCAACAUUGGAGUGGUUUGAUAGAAAUGGUGUUAAAUUGAUCCAUGAUUUGCCUACAUGCUUCAACAUUUCUAAUAAACAUAAAUGUUCCACAUUGAAGUUGUUCGUUCUCCAUGUCCAUGAUCUAUGCUUAUCAUAUUUGCAUAUUGAGAAAUGACUUACUUCCGAUACCAGAGCUACAUGCGAGGCAUGAGAACGAGACAAAGAAUGAAUAUGCGGAUAUAAUGAGAGCGUAUUUUAACUUUCUGUAAAACAUAUGUAAAGGAGGGUUAUUUUUUACUGGUACGAUCAUCCAACAGGCAGUCAUACCCCACUCCUCUUAGCCAUCUUUCUAGGACAGGCCAGGUAUCCUGUCGUGGUUAUCAGUAUCGCGUGUUCAAACCGGAUUUAUUUACAUAAAUAUCAUAUUCCAAAUGUGCUGUGGAUAAAUAUUCACUCAUUUUAGGUUUAAAUGUAUGUUUCCAUAAUCCCCAUUGGCCGCUGUUAAAGCGACUUUCACCUCACCUAAGGUGGGAUCUUAUAUGUAUCCUGUGGUAGGAAGGAUGUGAUGAUUACAUUGGGUGAUUAUUAGUUAAUAUCAUUUCUGUAAUUAAUCAUUGGGGUUGUGUGUUUAUCUAUUCACAUAUGCUUUUUGGUAUAAACAAUGCGUUUGCAUAAUCUUUAACAAUAGUGUUUUCUCCUACAAGUAUAAUAAUCACAUCCCGAAUAUCACAUGAAUUAUUGUUAAUUCUUUUAAAUAUAUUUUAUACGCUCUUUCUGACUGCACUGCCUGGACACCAACAACGCCAGCCAUAACUGUUGAUUUUGUUUUAGGUGUCUCCCCGACAGUGCAGCCAGCAUUUGCACCCUGUAACAUUUUUUACUUCAAUAUACUAUCAUUAACUGUC